CAUCUCAACUUCCAUCCUUACCUACAUAGAAUGAUUAUUCCACUGGAUGUCCGCAGUGAUAGUAAACCAGGUGAUAAUCUAUUGGAAUCUUGCGAUUUUGCUGGCGGAUGUAAGGCAAUUCUAAAAGACGACGGUAGUAUUCAUUGCACGGACAGACGACUAUGUGAGAUUUCAAUAGAGUUCCCACGUUAUUGCUACGAUUUGAACAUGCGUGAUUAUCGAUAUGUAUACGGUUCUUGUUUGGUGCAUAAACCAACAGAAAAAUAUGGUGUUGUAAAAGUUGAUGUAAAGGAUGGGACAUACAGGGUAUGGAAUAAGGAUUCUGAGGCACAAAUAUGCGCCGAACCGAUCUUAGUGAAUAAACCUGGCUAUACAGCAGAAGAUGAAGGAGUACUGAUUGUGCCUGUUGUGACCGUUCCUGGUGCUCACAUGCCCUAUGUGGUCAUCCUGAACGCGCAAACUAUGGAUCAACUGUGUCGCUUCGUCAUCCCGCAACCACGCAUUCCACUCGGUUUUCAUUCUCACUUCGUUCCAAAACUACAGAAUUCCGUUGACGAAGCUUUGAAAGAUUCCAACUAA